AUGGCUCACUCAGAGGAUCUCUUAGUGCUGAAAAACUUUAUAGCUGGCAAAUUUGUUCCUUGUUCCUCCUACAUAGAUUCCUAUAACCCAUCCACAGGAGAUGUCUAUUGCAGGGUGCCAGACAGUGGCAUAGAAGAGGUGGAAGCUGCGGUCAGAGCUGCCAAAGACGCAUUCCCAAUUUGGUCCUCAAAAAGCCCAUGGGAAAGAUCUCAGAUCUUGAACAAAUUGGCAGACCUGAUUGAAGAUGACCUGGAAGCAUUUGCCCAAGCAGAGUCAAAGGAUCAGGGCAAAACAAUUACAUUUGCUAGAACUGUGGACAUCCCUCGGGCAGUAUACAACUUCCGAUUCUUUGCCUCUUCCAUCCUUCAUCACACGACAGAGUGCACCGAGAUGGCAAGCAUGGGUUGUGUUCAUUACACCUCACGGACACCUGUGGGAGUUGCUGGUUUAAUCAGUCCUUGGAAUUUGCCACUUUAUUUGUUGACCUGGAAAGUAGCUCCUGCCAUUGCAUGUGGAAAUACCAUAGUUGCCAAGCCAAGUGAGAUGACAUCUGUCACAGCCUGGAUGAUGUGCAAACUCUUGGAGAAAGCAGGGAUGCCCCCCGGCGUGGUGAAUGUGGUGUUUGGGACAGGCACCAAGGCAGGAGAAGCCCUCGUCUGCCAUCCUGACGUGCCCCUCAUCUCCUUCACGGGAAGCACACUCACAGCCCAGCGGAUCACGGAGAAGAGCGCUCCGCACUGCAAAAAGCUUUCUCUGGAGCUGGGAGGCAAAAACCCUGCAAUCAUCUUCGAUGAUGCUGACUUGAGCCAGUGCAUCCCAACAACCCUGCGGUCCAGCUUUGCCAACCAGGGUGAGAUCUGCCUUUGCACCUCCAGGAUCUUUGUUCAGAGGGGUAUAUACAGUGAGUUUGUGAAGAGGUUUGUAGCAGAGACUAAGAAGUGGAAAGUUGGGAACCCCUCAGAUCCUACUGUCGACGUGGGAGCACUAAUAAGUAAAGAGCAUCUAGAAAAGGUGAGAAGCUAUGUGAAGAAAGCAAAGGCUGAAGGAGCCAGAAUUCUGUGUGGAGAGGGAGUGGAUUCCUUGGCUCUCCCAGCUGGCAACCAGAAAGGAUAUUUCAUGUUGCCCACCGUUAUUGCCGAAAUCAAAGAUGAAUCUUGCUGCAUGCAAGAAGAGAUUUUUGGUCCUGUGACAUGUGUGGUAGCAUUUGAUACAGAAGAUGAAGUGAUCAAAAGAGCCAAUGGUGUGAAAUAUGGCCUUGCAGCCACUGUGUGGUCCAGCAACGUGGGACGCGUUCAUCGAGUGGCACGAAGGCUGCAGUCUGGCUUGGUGUGGACCAAUUGCUGGCUUGUUAGAGAUCUGAACCUGCCGUUUGGUGGGGUGAAAGCCUCAGGUAUAGGAAGGGAGGGAGCAAAGGAUUCCUAUGAGUUCUUUACUGAAGUCAAAACCAUCACAAUAAAGCACUGA